AUGCUUCAUCUGCUUCCUUCUCUUCUGCUUGUUGUUAUUUUCCAACAUGUGCUCUCGUCUCCCUGGGAAAUGGUUGAGGUGAUCCUUGCCAGUGAACACUACAACGGCAAGCACCAUUACUUAGAUGAUUUUUUCGAACUGUUUGACGAAUUUGCUGAACAGGAAGGUAUUCACAUCAACAAAAGAAACUUCCGCGAAAUUCAAACAAACAUCAACGGUUUGCCAGUCGCCAAGUACGGACUACGCGGCGUCGAUUGCGAGAAGUUCCGGCAGUUUCUCAGCGGCAUCAAGGCUCAGAAGUAUCAUCUUCAGUAUGCGUCUGUGAAGUGCGGUCCGAUGACAUUCUCGUUGUGCAUGGCCUUCUCGUGCGCUCCUGAUGAUUUCCAUCUGACGACUACAAGAGCCCCUACAACAGCAUGGGUCCAUUAG